AUGGUAUUGCGCGCUCUAGAGUUCUCCGAUUGCAUAUCGGACUCGCCGUGGUUUCGGCAGAAUCUUCAUGAUCACGAAGUCGCGCUUGAUGAGGCUUACAAGAAUAUCAAGAUAAUUGAAAAUCAAUGCCGCGAACUGAUUACGUGCACAAAAAAAUUGUCCGCAGCACAACGCUCCUUUGCCAAAUCGUUGACGGAAUUCCGGAUUGAGACGGUUGGAACGAAUCAGACAGACGAUGAGCGCUUCAUUGGUACAACUUGUCUCAAAGAAUUCGCCAAGAUGAUAAAUCAAGUUGAAGAUGAGCGAAUGAAGAUUGUGAAUCAAGCUGAAGAGAAUUAUCUCGAACCGCUCAAAAGAUUUCGAACGGAAGCAAUCGGAAAAUCAUUGUCCGAAGAGAAGAGGAAGUACGAGAAGGAGAGUAGUAAAUUUUAUUCGUCGUUGGAAAAACACUUGCAUUUGAGCACACUUCGUAAAAAAACCCAAGAAUUUAAAGACGCUGAUGUCCAACUAGCGACGCAACAGAAAAGUUUCUUUCAAGCUUCUCUACAAUAUGUUGCCGAAAUACAAUCGGUGCAGGAGCGAAUGAAAUUUGAAUUUGUGGAAACCUUAAGCUCAUAUGUUUAUUCAUGGCUCUCGUUUUACCAUGUCGGCAACGUCAUUCAUCAGGAUUUCAAGCCUUUUUUAGACAAUGUACAAACAAAAGUUCAAAAGACCAAGGAUAAUUAUAAUGCAACAAUAUCGGAAGCGGAAGAACUGAAACGAAAAAUGCUUGAAUCUCAUACAAAAUCUACGGGUGACCGAAGGCCGAUGCCGACAAUUAAACAGGGAUACGUUUAUAUGCAGGAAAAGAGCAAAAUUCCAAAAACGAUUGGCCGUGAUGUUUUGGGAAAAUGGACGAAGUAUUAUUGUGUAUAUUCAAAAGAAACUAGGAUAUUCACUAUGGUUAGCGCGAAUUCGGCGACAAAAACGGAUAUGAAAAGCGCAGUAGCUCAGACGGUUACGUUUCGCUUAAAAUCUUGCCAGAAACGACAGGCCGACACCAUUGAUAAAAGAUUUUGUUUCGAUGUUUACGUUGAAGAGAAGAAUGAUGUGAUGACGAUGCAGGCGCUGUCCGAAGAGGAUCUCAAUGAAUGGAUUGAUACGAUGGAUACGAGCAAACCGAGCGUAUUCACAUCAAGCGCGAAUCCGUCGUAUAGUACAUAUCAACAAAGUGAGUAUUUCUUCUUCAAAAUUGACAUAACAUGA